GGGCUUCUCUUAUCUCACCAUUUAUCCAGCAGAGAUCACACUCACACCGACUGCCGUCUGAUGGCUGAGUGACAUCAGAGAGAGAGACAUCGAGGGAAAGAGAGGGAGACGGGACGGGAACAUAUAGAGAGAGUUGAUUUCUUAACGGGACGCGUCAGAGAAGUGUUUGUCCCAGUGGUGGUGACUCUGCAGGAGCACAGCUGACCACGUUGUCCACCUCCCCUCCUUCCUCCUCCUCCUCCUCUCACCGUGCUGCCUCCUGAAGACCAUGGAGGACGUCCCCAAGGUCUCAGAAGCCGCGAUGGCCCCGCCGCCUCUCCUGGAGCGACGGGUUCGCCAGCGACAGCCCACCGUUUCAGUCCUCAAAUCCAAGCUGAAGCAGGGCAUGACCUGCUCUGUACCCAGAGUCCGAUCCACCCUGAGCGGGUUCUUCCCUGUGGUGCGCUGGCUGCCCAAAUACAAGCUCAGGGAGUACGUCUGGGGUGACGUGAUGUCCGGCUUGAUCGUGGGUAUCAUCUUGGUACCGCAGGCCAUCGCCUACUGCCUGCUGGCGGGAGUGGAGCCCAUCUACGGCUUAUACACCUCAUUUUAUGCCAACAUCAUCUACUUCCUCAUGGGGACAUCCAGACAUGUUUCCGUGGGGAUCUUUAGCCUCAUGAGCCUCAUGGUCGGGCAGGUGGUGUUUAGGGAGGUGUUCCUGGCCGGUUUUGACCUCAAUGACGAUUCCAUAGCAUCUGUUGCCGGUGUGCUCAAUAGUUCAGUGGGCACUAACGUCACACUGCACAGUGUGGAGCUAAUGGGCCUGCAGUGUGGGAAGGAAUGUUACGCCAUCAGUGUCGCUGCCUGUGUUACGUUCCUGGCUGGCGUCUACCAGGUCCUGAUGGCCGUGUUUCGGCUAGGCUUCGUUUCGGUCUACCUUUCGGCCCCCAUGCUCGACGGUUUCGCCAUGGGAGCCUCUUUCACCAUUCUGACCGUACAGGCUAAAUACCUGCUAGGUCUCAAGAUUCCCCGUCACCAGGGAUACGGCACAGUCGUCGUCACCUGGUUCAACAUCUUCGCCAACAUUCACAAGACCAACCUGUGUGACCUCAUCACUAGUGCCAUCUGUAUCUCAAUAUUAGUGGCAGGGAAAGAGAUCCAGGAGCGAUUCAAGGAUCGUCUGAAGAUCCCACUGCCGACUGAGCUGGUAGUUGUGGCAGGAGCUACACUGGCCAGCCAUUUUGGGGACCUGAAUAGCCUUUAUGACUCCAGUGUUUCUGGUCACAUACCCACAGGGUUCAUUGCUCCCCAGGUGCCCAACUUUGGACUCAUGUCAAGGGUUGCACUCGAUGCCAUUCCUCUGGCUGUCAUCAGUUUUGCCUUCACAGUGUCACUGUCUGAGAUGUUCGCUAAGAAAAAUGGCUACAUGGUUCGUCCCAAUCAGGAGAUGCUGGCCAUCGGCUGCUGUAACAUCAUCCCUUCCUUCUUCCACUGUUUCACCACCAGUGCAGCACUGGCAAAAACCAUGGUGAAGGAUUCUACAGGCUGCCAGACACAGGUAUCGAGUCUAAUCAGCGCCCUGGUCGUCCUACUCGUCCUCCUCUUCUUUGCCCCUUAUUUCUAUGCUCUCCAGAAGUGUGUUCUCGCCUGUAUCAUUAUUGUCAGUCUUCGGGGGGCACUAAGGAAGUUCAAGGACUUACCCGCUAAGUGGCGUGCCAGCCGGAACGACGGCAUCGUUUGUCUAGUCGCCAUGUCGGCGACUGCUCUGAUCAGUGUAGAGCUGGGCCUCCUGGUCGGAGUUGUCUUUUCCAUGAUCUGCAUCAUCUUUAAGACCCAGAACCCCAAAGUCUCUCUGAUGGGCCGGGUCAACAACUCUGAUCUCUACGAGGAUAUGGAUGAGUACAAGAACCUCGUGCCACCACCGGGGGUUCAGGUCUUCUGCUUCCAAGCUCCUCUGUACUACGCCAACAAGGACUUUUUCCUCAAAUCCCUCUACGGAACUGUCGGAGUUGAACCUUUCUUGGAGAUGGCCAGGAGGAGAAAGGCAGAGAAGAAGGCCAAAGAGAUGUUUUCGAAGCAGGCCAAGGCAAACGGGGAUAAAAACACUGGCGAGGUUGUGAUUGGACUUGUCCAAAGAGAGCUGGAGUUCCACACAAUUGUUUUAGAUUGCUCUGCCAUUCCUUUCUUAGACUCAGCCGGCUUGGCCACAUUCAAAGGGCUGGUCAAGGAAUACAAAGAGGUAGGGGUGAGUGUGCUCCUCGCCAGCUGUUACACCUCAGUUGUUGAUACCCUGCAGAAGGGACAAUUCUUUGGGAAGAAUAACACAGACAUGGGCAGCCUGCUGUUUCAUACUGUUCACAGUGCGGUUCUUUAUGCAAACAGUCACAGGCUCCUCGGCAACACUGCAAGGGAAGCUAAUGCGUGAUGCACACACAGUGCUGUGACAGACUGUAGCUUUUCCUGAAUUGACAAACAGUCAAAUUAAUGAAACGGUUCAUGGAGGACAGUCAAGUUUUGCUACCGGAGUUUACAGCUACCAUUCUAACAUUCCUCAGGCGGGAGUAUAUGAAAAAUGAGGAUGUACAGCAAGUGGUUUAAAGAUUCCUUUUUGUUAGUUUAGUGCUUUAUUUGACAAUUGAUUUGGAUAAAUGUUAGAGAUCCCCCCCCCCCCCCCCCCCCCCAGGUUAAUAUCUUGUGUCACUAAGCUAUUUCUCCCCUUUUUGUAUCACUUCAAGCCUUUGUAAAUGUCCAUAAAGGGCUCUUAUCCAUGAGUCCAGAGGUGAGUGGUAUUCCCCAAGGUGCCAAGUAUGAUGUGUUUUUACUAAGAUGUGAACACGUUCAGGUCAAACAGAUGAGCAGGUGAAGUGGAUUGUAAUAAGAUGUUGACAUUAUUGUUUGUCAGCAAUGAGCAUUAUCAUUUUGUAAUUUCAUAAAUUUAUUUUUUCUCAUCAAACAUUUCCAUGUAAUAACUCAACUUGAAUCAUGGUAGUGGCUACAUUUUUUGUAGGGCUCUAAAUUUCAUUUUAGACACAAUACAAACACUGCCUUAAUGUUCAAUACUUGAAUUAAACUGAUUAGAUUUUUAUGAUGCA